AUUCCCAUAUUUGGUUGACCUACAACCUUUAUUAAUGGAGAGGUAGCCUGGUCAGCCACUGGAUCAGUCAUUUCUCUUAAGGUUGACAGUCAGAGCACAAAUCGUUACUUCCUGUGGAGUGAAACGCCUUAGGUUCAAAUAUGGGGGAUGCUGCCAUGAAAGAGUUUGGGGCGGCGGCUCCUUACCUGAGAAAGUCAGAUAAGGAGCGUCUGGAGGCCCAGACUCGCCCGUUUGACAUGAAAAAACAGUGCUUUGUUCCUGACCCUGAAGUUGAGUACGUUAAAGCAACCAUCACUAGCCGCGAUGGCGACAAAGUCACCGUCGACACUGAAUUUGGAAAGACCGUCACAGUAAAGGAGUGCGAUGUGCACCCUCAGAACCCGCCUAAGUUUGAUAAAAUUGAAGACAUGGCGAUGUUCACCUUCCUCCAUGAACCAGCUGUGCUGUUUAACCUCAAAGAGCGUUACGCAGCAUGGAUGAUCUACACCUACUCUGGCUUGUUCUGUGUGACUGUCAAUCCCUACAAGUGGCUGCCAGUCUACAACCAGGAGGUGGUUAUUGCCUACAGAGGAAAGAAGAGGAGUGAAGCUCCUCCUCAUAUCUUCUCCAUCUCUGACAAUGCCUACCAGUACAUGCUGGCAGACAGAGAAAACCAGUCAAUCCUUAUCACUGGAGAAUCUGGAGCUGGAAAGACUGUCAAUACCAAGCGUGUCAUUCAGUACUUUGCCAGCAUUGCUGCUGUCCCAAGCGCUGGGAAGAAAGAUCCGGCUGCAGAGAAAAAGGGAACCCUUGAAGAUCAAAUCAUCCAGGCUAACCCUGCUCUAGAGGCCUUUGGCAAUGCCAAGACCAUCAGGAAUGACAACUCCUCCAGAUUUGGUAAAUUCAUCCGUAUUCAUUUUGACAACCGAGGAAAGCUGGCCUCGGCUGACAUCGAGACCUACCUUUUGGAAAAGUCUCGUGUGACCUUCCAGCUCAAAGCUGAGAGGGACUACCACAUUUUCUACCAGAUCCUGUCUCAGAUAAAGCCUGAACUUCUAGAAAUGCUGCUCAUCACCAACAACCCUUAUGACUACGCCUUCAUCUCCCAAGGAGAGACAACAGUAGCCUCUAUCAAUGAUUCUGAAGAGCUGAUGGCCACUGAUGAAGCCUUUGAUGUUCUGGGCUUCACUCAAGAAGAGAAGAACAGUAUUUACAAGCUUACUGGUGCAAUCAUGCACUAUGGCAACAUGAGGUUUAAACAGAAGCAGAGAGAAGAGCAGGCAGAGGCCGAUGGUACUGAAGAUGCUGACAAAGUUGCAUAUCUGAUGGGCCUGAACUCUGCUGACCUCAUCAAAGGUCUCUGUCACCCAAGAGUCAAAGUAGGAAACGAGUGGGUCACCAAAGGACAGAAUGUCGCCCAGGUGUACUACGCUAUCGGUGCACUAGCUAAGUCAGUGUAUGAGAAGAUGUUUCUGUGGAUGGUGGUGAGGAUUAACCAGUCCCUGGACACCAAACAGCCUCGCCAGUAUUUUAUUGGUGUGCUUGACAUUGCUGGAUUUGAGAUCUUUGAUUUCAACACCUUCGAGCAGAUGUGCAUCAACUUCACCAACGAAAAACUGCAACAGUUUUUCAACCACCACAUGUUUGUACUGGAGCAGGAAGAGUACAAGAAAGAGGGCAUUGAAUGGGAGUUCAUUGAUUUUGGUAUGGAUCUGCAGGCCUGUAUCGACCUGAUUGAAAAGCCCAUGGGUAUCAUGUCCAUCCUUGAAGAGGAGUGCAUGUUCCCCAAAGCCAGUGAUGCCACCUUUAAAGCUAAGCUCUACGACAACCACCUGGGAAAAUCCAACAACUUCCAGAAGCCCAGAGUUGUCAAAGGAAAACCAGAGGCUCAUUUCUCCCUUGUGCACUACGCUGGAACUGUUGAUUACAAUAUCAACAACUGGCUGGUGAAGAACAAGGAUCCUCUGAAUGAGACUGUUGUUGGUCUUUUCCAGAAGUCUAACCUUAAGCUUUUAUCCCUGCUUUUUGCCGGAUAUGCAGGAGCUGAUUCAGCUCAGGAAUCUGGUGGGAAGGGAAAAGGUGGAAGCAAGAAGAAAGGUUCUUCCUUCCAAACUGUAUCAGCUUUGCACAGGGAGAACCUGAACAAGCUGAUGACCAACUUGAGGUCAACUCACCCUCACUUUGUACGCUGCAUCAUCCCCAACGAGACCAAGACUCCAGGGGCCAUGGAGAACCCUCUGGUGAUGCACCAGCUGCGCUGUAACGGUGUGCUGGAAGGCAUCAGGAUCUGCAGAAAGGGUUUCCCCAACAGGAUCCUCUAUGGAGAUUUCAAGCAGAGGUACCGUAUUUUAAACCCUAACGCCAUUCCCGAGGGACAGUUUAUUGACAACAAGAAGGCUGCUGAAAAACUUUUGGGCUCUUUAGAUAUAGACCACAACCAGUACAAACUGGGACACACCAAGGUGUUCUUCAAGGCUGGGCUGUUGGGCCAGCUAGAGGAGAUGAGAGAUGACAGAUUAGCCCUAAUCAUCACUGGCAUCCAAGCUCGAUCAAGAGGCCUUCUGGCAAGAGUUGAAUUCCAGAAGAUUGUUGAACGCAGGGAUGCUCUUCUUGUGAUCCAGUGGAACAUCCGUGCCUUCAUGGGGGUCAAAAAUUGGCCCUGGAUGAAGAUGUUCUUCAAGAUCAAACCUCUGCUGAAGUCAGCAGAGACUGAGAAAGAGAUGGCCAACAUGAAGGAAGAGUUUGCCAAACUGAAAGAGGCUUAUGCAAAAUCAGAAGCCCGCAGGAAAGAACUCGAAGAGAAAAUGGUGACUCUUCUCCAAGAAAAGAAUGACCUGCAGCUCCAAGUUCAGGCUGAACAAGACAAUCUAUGUGAUGCUGAAGAACGAUGUGAGGGGCUGAUCAAGAGCAAAAUUCAGCUGGAGGCCAAAAUCAAAGAACUGACAGAGAGGCUGGAGGAUGAGGAGGAGAUGAAUGCAGAACUGACUGCUAAGAAGAGGAAGCUGGAGGACGAGUGCUCCGAGCUGAAGAAAGACAUUGAUGACUUAGAGUUAACUCUAGCUAAAGUGGAGAAAGAGAAGCAUGCCACUGAGAACAAGGUAAAAAACUUGACUGAGGAAAUGGCUGCAUUGGAUGAAAUCAUUGCCAAGCUGACCAAGGAAAAGAAAGCCUUACAGGAAGCUCAUCAGCAAACUCUGGAUGACCUGCAGAGUGAGGAAGACAAAGUCAACACUCUGACCAAGGCGAAGACUAAGCUGGAGCAGCAAGUGGAUGAUCUUGAGGGGUCUUUAGAGCAAGAAAAGAAAGUCCGUAUGGACCUUGAGCGAGCAAAGAGGAAGCUUGAAGGAGACCUCAAGUUAGCUCAAGAAAGUAUCAUGGACCUGGAAAAUGAUAAGCAGCAGCUCGAAGAGAGGCUGAAAAAGAAAGAUUUUGAAAUCAGUCAGCUGAAUGGUAAAGUUGAGGAUGAGCAGGUGAUGAGUGCCCAGCUCCAGAAAAAACUGAAGGAGUUGCAGGCCCGUAUUGAGGAGCUGGAGGAAGAGCUUGAAGCAGAGAGAGCUGCUCGAGCCAAGGUGGAGAAGCAGAGAGCUGACCUGGCCAGAGAGCUGGAGGAGAUCAGUGAGAGGUUGGAGGAGGCUGGAGGAGCGACAGCUGCCCAGAUUGAGAUGAAUAAGAAGAGGGAGGCCGAGUUCCAGAAACUGCGCAGAGACCUUGAAGAGGCCACUCUGCACCAUGAAGCCACUACUGCCACACUCAGGAAGAAACAAGCCGACAGUGUUGCUGAGCUGGGAGAGCAGAUUGACAACCUGCAGAGAGUCAAGCAGAAACUGGAGAAGGAGAAGAGUGAGCUCAGACUGGAGCUGGAUGAUGUGGUCUCCAAUAUGGAACAAAUUGUCAAGGCAAAGAACAACUUGGAGAAAAUGUGCAGGUCUCUGGAAGACCAGAUGAAUGAAUAUAAAACAAAAUCAGAAGAGGGACAGCGUGCCAUCAAUGACUUCACCAUGCAGAAAGCAAAGCUUCAAACUGAGAACGGUGAACUUUUGAGGCAGCUUGAGGAAAAGGAUUCCCUGGUGUCUCAACUCACGAGAGGAAAACAGUCCUACACUCAGCAAAUUGAAGACCUGAAAAGACAACUGGAGGAAGAAGUCAAGGCCAAGAAUGCAUUAGCUCAUGCAGUGCAGUCUGCUCGCCAUGACUGUGACCUGCUGAGGGAGCAGUAUGAGGAGGAGCAGGAGGCUAAAGCUGAACUGCAGCGUGGCAUGUCCAAGGCCAACUCUGAGGUGGCUCAGUGGAGAACCAAGUAUGAAACUGAUGCCAUCCAGAGGACUGAAGAACUAGAAGAGGCCAAAAAGAAGCUGGCUCAGCGUCUGCAGGAGGCUGAGGAGGCUGUUGAAGCAGUGAAUGCUAAAUGUUCCUCUCUGGAGAAGACCAAACACAGGCUGCAGAAUGAGAUUGAAGAUCUCAUGGUGGAUGUAGAGAGGUCUAAUGCUGCUGCUGCUGCUCUGGACAAGAAACAAAGAAACUUUGACAAGGUCUUGGCAGAGUGGAAACAGAAGUACGAGGAGUCUCAAACAGAGCUGGAGAGCUCUCAGAAAGAUGCCAGGUCUCUGAGCACUGAGCUCUUCAAACUGAAGAACUCCUAUGAAGAAUCUCUUGAACAUUUGGAGACCAUGAAGAGAGAGAACAAGAACUUACAAGAGGAAAUAUCUGACCUCACUGAACAAAUUAGCGAGGGUGGAAAGAAUAUUCAUGAGCUUGAGAAGAUUCGAAAGCAGUUGGAACAAGAGAAGUCUGAGAUACAGACAGCUCUGGAGGAAGCAGAGGCCACACUGGAGCAUGAGGAAGGGAAGAUUCUCAGAGCCCAACUUGAGUUUAACCAAGUAAAGGCUGACAUUGAGCGCAAGCUAGCUGAGAAAGAUGAAGAAAUGGAGCAAUCGAAAAGAAACCACCAGCGAACUGUGGAUACUCUUCAAAGCUCUCUGGAGGCUGAGACUCGCAGCAGGAAUGAGGCUCUGCGUCUGAAAAAGAAGAUGGAGGGAGACCUCAAUGAGAUGGAGAUCCAGCUAAGCCAGGCUAACAGGCAGGCAGCUGAGGCCCAGAAACAACUUAAGGCCGUCCAUGCACAUCUGAAGGAUACUCAACUUCAGCUGGACGACUCUCUGCGAGCCAGUGACGAUAUGAAGGAAAACAUUGCCAUUGUUGAGCGACGCAACAACCUUCUUCAGGCUGAAGUGGAGGAGCUGAGAGCAGCUCUGGAGCAAACGGAGAGAAGCCGCAGACUUGCAGAGCAAGAGCUGCUGGAUGUCAGUGAGAGAGUGCAGCUACUGCACUCACAGAACACCAGCCUGAUAAACCAAAAGAAGAAGCUGGAGGCUGAUACAUCCCAGCUUCAAACUGAAGUGGAGGAGUCAGUGCAGGAGUGCAGGAAUGCAGAGGAGAAGGCCAAGAAGGCCAUCACUGAUGCUGCCAUGAUGGCAGAGGAGCUGAAGAAAGAGCAGGACACCAGCGCUCAUCUGGAGCGGAUGAAGAAGAACAUGGAGCAAACCAUCAAAGACCUGCAGCACCGCCUGGAUGAAGCUGAGCAGAUCGCCAUGAAGGGAGGCAAGAAGCAGAUUCAGAAGCUCGAGGCCAGGAUCAGAGAACUGGAGAGUGAAGUUGAAGUUGAACAAAGGAAAUCAAGUGAUGCUGUCAAAGGAAUACGAAAAUAUGAGAGACGGAUUAAAGAGCUGACUUAUCAGACAGAAGAGGAUCGUAAGAAUCUUACCCGUCUGCAAGAUCUGGUGGACAAGUUGCAGCUAAAGGUGAAAUCCUACAAGAAAGCUGCUGAGGAAGCUGAGGAACAGGCCAACAGUAAUCUUACCAAAUUCCGCAAACUUCAACAUGAGCUUGAUGAAGCUGAGGAAAGAGCUGACAUUGCUGAGUCCCAGGUCAACAAACUACGUGUCAAAAGCCGUGACACAGGGUCAAAGAAAGGUCAUGAUGAGGAGUAAAACACAUGGUCUGAAUCCCUGUUUCUGAGACAUCGGAUGUAUUAGUAAUGGUGUCUCCCUAUGCAUGUUGGUUGGUCAGUAGAAUAAAAUGAAUCUGCAUCUGAAA